AAAUAAAAUUAAAAAAAAAAAAAACACCCUUUUCGUUUUCUCAGUCCUCAAGCUCAAGCCUUCCUCCGCUAACUCACGACCCUUUUGUGCCUUCACUGCCGCUGCCACGGCCGCCGUGACCACCAUUGCUGCCACUGCAGCUGCCUCAGCUUCCACCAAAGACAUUGCCGCUACCCCAAACCCAAAACACCCUUUUCUCCAAGAAGCUCUAAAGUUUUCCUUCGCUAAGCGUUCGCUAUCACUUUGAGGUUCACUCUCUCUAGCCAACUCUUCGGAUCCAGCCGUUGAUUCUUGGAUUGGGGUAUUGUUCCCUUCCAUCCUAGCUGAUUCUCGGAAACUUCUCGGUAUUGGGUUAAGGAGAAAGAGCGUUUGAGGUUAAAGAACAUCGAUGUUUACGCAUUUGGCUUUGGCGUUUUGCGAGUGUUUGAAAAGAAUCUGAGUUAAGUGGAAAUUUCAAUCUUGAUUCACCGGAGAACUUCAUGGCGUUUCUCUGUGCUUCAUGGCGCGUAUUGGGGUUUCAGGCGCAGCACUCCAUAGGGUAUUCCACUCACAUUACCAAAACCAGGUUCUUUUUCCCCUACCUCCGUUCACCGGUUCCAUUUUCAAGCUUAGAUGAUCAAUCAUCUAUUUUGGACGAGGGGUACCAUAUCAAAAACCAACCUCAUUUAGAUGAAAGCUUUGUUCUUGACCAACUCUCUGAUCUAUUUCCCGUACCAAGUAAUACUUUAGCUUCGAAGUCGGAGGGAAAAAAAGAGAUCGUUAGAGCAGUUGAUGGGUUUCUAUUGCCUGAAGAGAAACUGCGUGGUAUUUUUCUUCAGAAUAUGAGAGGGAAGGCUGCUAUAGAGAGUGCUUUAACGAGUGUUUGUGUGGAUUUGGAUCUUGAUAUUGUUGCGAAAGUAGUAAAUCGAGGCAGCUUAGAUGGUAGGAAAAUGGUCUUGUUUUUCAAUUGGGCUAUUCGACAGCCAACCAUUCCCAAAAAUAUUCAAACUUAUCAUAUAAUCCUUAAGGCAUUAGGCAGAAGAAAAUUUCUUAGUUUUAUGGUUGAAGUUUUACAUGAGUUAAAGACUCAAGGGGUUAGUCCAAACUUGGAGACCGUUUCUAUUGUAAUGGACAGUUUCAUUAGGGCUAGACAAGUAUCCAAAGCAAUCCAAAUGUUUCGGAAUUUGGAUGAAAUCGGGUUAGAAUGUGGUACAGAGACUUUGAAUGUGCUUCUUCAAUGUCUAUGCCGUCGAUCCUAUGUUGGUACUGCAAAUUCUCUACUUAAUUCAUUCAAGGGGAAAAUACUGUUUGAUGGUACUACUUAUAAUGUUGUUCUAAAUGGGUGGUCAAAAUUUGGUAGAGUUGGUGAAAUGGAGAAGAUUUUGGAAAUGAUGGUUGCAAAUGGAAUUGAUCCUGAUAGUUUGACUUUUAGUUAUAUUAUUGAGGGUUUUGGGAGAGCUGGUCAAAUUGAUGAUGCAGUUAAAGUUUUUCAGAGCAUGGAAGAGAAAUGUUUGGUCCCAGACACAAGUGCUUACAAUGCUAUGAUUUCUAAUUUUAUAUCUUCUGGGAAUUUUGAUGAAUAUAUGAAGUAUUAUAACAUUAUGUUGAGAAGUAACUGUGAACCAAAUGUUGAUACUUACACCAAAUUAAUUGGUGGUCUUCUGAAAGCCCGGAAAGUAGCUGAUGCACUUGAGGUUUUUGAUCGAAUGUUGAGUAGAGGAAUUAUUCCCAGUACAGGGACUCUAACUUCAUUUAUGGAACCUUUGUGUAGUUUUGGUCCUCCUCAUGCUGUUAUGGUCGUGUAUAGGAAAGCAAAGAGGGUUGGCUGUAGAAUCUCUUUAAGUGCUUUCAAGCUAUUGCUUAUGCGGCUUUCUAGAUUCGGUAAAUGUGGAAUGAUGUUAAGCUUAUGGAACGACAUGCAAGAAUGCGGUUAUUCUUCAGAUAUGGAAGUGUACGAGUAUGUUAUUAGUGGACUUUGCAACAUUGGGCAGCUCGAAAAUGCUGCACUUGUUAUGGAGGAGUCUUUGAGAAAAGGCUUCUGCCCAAGCAGGCGUAUCUGGAGCAAAUUAAAUGGAAAAUUGCUUGCUUCAUAUUGUAGAAAUAUCUAUGUAAAUAGCUUUGUACAGUUAUAUUUAGGGUGUUUUUGACAGCUUAGUUUAGG